AUGGGCAACAAAGACGCAGGCGCAAGAGCUGCUGUCGGCGACGAUCUGGCCGCUGUCCUCCCGGCAGGCCCCUGGCACAAGAAAGCUCAUCUUAUCAAGCUUAACUUUGUCGUCGGGUGUCUGGUGCUUUUCUCUUCCGCCAACGGAUACGAUGGUUCAUUGAUGAACGGUCUCCAAGCACUGAACCAGUGGAACGACUACUUCGACCGGCCUGCCGGGGCCUUCCUCGGUUUCAUCAAUGCCAUCUACUGGAUCGGUGCCGGCUGCAUGUACCCAAUCGCUGCGGUAAUUUCCAACCGCUGGGGCCGUAAGAUGCCUAUCUGGAUCGGUUAUCUUUUCCUCAUUCUCGGCGCUGGGCUUCAGACUGGUGCCAACAACGAGGCAGCAUUCGCCGUUGCUCGUUUCUUUGUCGGUAAUGCCUCGGCAUGCUUUUCAACUUCGAUUCCUCUUCUUAUCAACGAGAUCGCCUACCCGUCUCAUCGUGGCAUCUGUGGAGCUCUGUACAAUUGUGGAUGGUAUGUCGGCGGGCUCAUCGCUGCUUUUCUUACCUACGGCACCCGCAACAUGGAAAACUCGUGGUCGUGGAGAAUUCCCUCGCUGCUCCAGAUCCUGGUUCCCUUCCUCGCGCUUCCUGGUCUACUCAUGGCCCCUCAAAGCCCAAGAUGGCUCGUUUCCAUGGAUCGUACCGAGGAGGCACAUCAAGUCCUGGCAAAGUGGCACGGCGGCGGCGACCAAGACUCGCAGCUUGUCAACUACGAGAUGAUCGAGAUCACCACAGCCAUCCAGCAAGAGAAGAAUGCAACCUCCAGUGCAAGCUAUAUCGAGAUGUUCAAAACCCCUGGUAAUCGCCACCGUCUUUUCAUCUCCGUCACCCUCGGUAUAUUCGGACAAUGGGUUGGCAACGGAGUCGUCUCAUACUAUCUCGCUCUUGUCCUUGAGACUGUCGGCAUCACCAGCGUCACAGACGUGACCCUCAUCUCGGGCUUCCUCCAGCUUUGGAAUCUGAUCUGGUGUGUCGCCGCUGCCUUCUCGGUCGACAGACUGGGUCGUAGACCUCUCUUCCUCGCUUCGGCCGUCAUAAUGGGUGUCUCAUACAUCUUGGUCACUGGUCUAUCUGGCUCUUUCGCAUCCACUCACACCCCUGCCGUCGGCAUCGCUGUCAUUCCAUUCUUGUUCAUCUUUUUCGCUGGUUACGACAUUGCGCUUACCCCUCUGCUUAUCUCAUACCCCUGUGAGAUCUGGCCAUACCGCCUUCGCUCUCGUGGCUUGACAGUGACCAACGUGAGCACGGUCCUAGCUAUCUGCUUCAAUACUUUCGUCAACCCUAUUGCCCUCGAGAGCAUCGCCUGGAAGUACUAUAUCGUAUUCGUGGUCGUUCUGAUCGUCUAUGGCGUCACAGUAUUCUUCGCCUAUCCAGAAACGAAAGGACAUUCGCUUGAACAGAUGGCUGUGGUGUUUGACGGCGAUGCAGCUGAGGUGCCGUUCCCAGCUGAGACGGCGGAGAGUCGUCAUAGUACACUCAGAUGA